GUGAUGUCCGACCUCCUCUGGCACCAAACAAAGAUCACCUAGCCACACCCACAGUGGGCUUUAUUUAGAGAUUUUGAAAAUGAAAAGAAAUUAUCAUGGAAGAUUUAUCCACUCCUGGUCACAGCUAUCGUAAUAGGUCUCCUACGACACAGGGUAUGAGCUCUCAGAGCAUGUCCAUAGUCCACACUCCAGAGCGGCACCCCUUAGAGGUCACAAACCUUCUACACUCGGCCAGUGUCUGCAUCACAGAGUUCCCAGAUGUCGUGAACCCGCAACCCUGGGAGACGGAGUUUGGAGAGUUGUCUCAAGGACUGGGUCAGGACUAUUUGUCCCCACGGAAACUGAUAAAGAUAACUGGAGAAAGAGACCUGAAGGGUGUGACCUACAUGGACCUGACAGUGAACAGUAGUGAAAAUAGUCUGGGAAACUUUGGUUGCCACGUUCCUAACUUGUCCCAGCUGCGACUCAGUGGCAGUGUGGUCCCGUGUGUUCGUGACUUGGGCACUAGUCUGGGCCACCUCACCGUACUCUGGAUGCCUCGCUGCAAACUGAGGGACCUUGACGGACUCCCGGCUCUGGCCAGUCUCAAAGAGCUCUACCUGGCCUUCAACGAGAUCAGUGAUGUGUGUCUCGUCUCAAUGCUCUCCUCGCUUGAGGUGCUCGAUGUUGAGAGCAAUGAGCUUGGUGACCUGGACCAGUUGGGUUACCUCUCCCUCUGCCCCGCCCUUUCUGUGCUCACUCUGGAGGGGAACCCCCUCUGCUCACUCCUCGCUCAACAGCAGAAAGGCACAGAGAAGGGAUAUCGUUCAGCCAUCUUUGAGUCCAUGCCUAACUUGAAAUCCCUGGAUGACAAGAAGCCAGUCUCAACGUCUGAAGAUGGUCUGUCUUCCCAUAGCUCUCUGUUUGUACUGAGUGAGGCUGGUAUGGAGCGGGACUGGCAGCUGGUGAACGAGGGGAUCAAGGGCGGGGCCGGGGUUGGGGAGCUCGAUGAGCUGACAGAGGACGUGGAUAGGGAGAGGACAGCUAGACCGACUACUGCUCCUCUCACACGAGGUAGACAGUCGACCACGCCCUCUCCCCCGGCCCUCCCCUCACAGGACGACAGUAGCGAGCUGACACACGGCUUGGUGCAAGUGAUCUGUGGUAACCCCGUGAGAGCCCUGAGACAACGCAAAAAACAGACCCUCUCCAGUCAAUCUACAGUCACUGACACAUUCUCACCCUCCCACGAGCAGCAGCUGUUGGCACGAGUCCACGGAUGGAGACUAGAUGCCAUCAGCGAAGACAACACAGGAAACAUUAUACAACCAGCUCAGCAACCCGAUCACUCUACCAUUUCCCCUAGACUACCCACCCCUCCCAAAGCCACACCCACCUCCCAUUCACUACCACCGCGCCCCCAAACAGUAGCUGAUUUCAGACAGCGCAGAUAUCGAAAAAGUUCUACUGAGCGAACAUUCUCUCAAGAGCCAAGAGCCAGCAAAGGACUCAAUCACAAAACCGCUGGUGACAAUGUGGACACUAUCUCUUAGCCUAUAAUUAUACACACGUGUUGUUUCUAUAUUUGUAAUGUACGUGUAUUUGUGUAUUUGUUUGUGAUGGUUGUAUUAUACAUGUAUAAAUUGACAAAUUUAUGGUA